CAAGGAACCACCUCUCCUUUCUGCGAACAGGAGGAGGAGGAGGAGGGAUGCAGCGCACCGGAGAUGUUCGUCUGGGGACAGAGAGCCUCCGACAAAGCAUGGGUGACCAGGUGUGACAGCUCCAUCAUCCAAGCAGCCGAGGAGAUGCCGAUAAGUUUGACUUCCAGCUGCUCAUUCGAGGCUCCCGCACCACCACGUGUACCUGUCCCGCACAUACACAGUUAAAACUAAACGCAUAUUCAAUACGAGGAAGGACAUCUUUUACUCCUGUGGUUGGUUUCAGCUGGGACCUGAAGACCUUUGUUGGACAGCUGGACGGAGUUUUAAGGAGCUGGGUUGUUUUUGUUACUCUGAAGCCAUAAAUCAACAAAAAUCAACUUUUGUUUCCUGAAGAACAUCAAGUCAAUGUUCACCACUGGAUUAUACUUCUGUAGCCUUACUUCGUUCACACCUAAAUGUUCAAAUCUAUUCCCAAAGCUAACCCUGGAUGUUGCGUCUUUAUGAAGCAUCAGAAAGUAAAGCUAAGGAAAUAUUUUUUACUGUUUCUGCUGCAGCUAAAGAGAAACAAGUGCAACUAAUUGAUCAAUAACCAUUAUUGUCACUUUUUGCUGUUUGAGAACAAAAUUGGAGACCAAAGCUUCUCCAAUAAUCCAACUCAACUUUUAGGUGCUGGGAUAAACUCAUCAUGUGCUUUUUUGCUCUGGACCCGGCGCUGAAACAAGAGAAAAAUUAAAGAAUAGGAUUAAAGGUGGAUUAUCACAGCAGCUGCCUCUGCAUAAGCCCAUCGAGCCAGCCGGCUUGUAGAUUACGUUUGCCUGUUGAUGCGGCCUCUGGAGCGGUUCGUCUUUAAUGGAGAACAGAGACGAGCUGGAGCACCCCCUUCUGGAAGAAAGCGCCGCCAACAGGCUGCCAUCCGGUCAGACCCAGCAGAACCAGGCGCCGGUCGGGCUUUUUAAGGGCAUUCUGGUGAAGUGUGAGGAGGACCGAACGUAUCCUCCGCUGGGCUGGAGAGGCUACUGCAGCCAUCCUCCGGAGUUGCUGGACGCCUGCGCCCUGCCGCGCAGCCUGGAGUCGCUCUACCCGGCCGGGCCGCUGUGGGGCCAAGCGGACCUGCUCAGCAAGGAGUACCUGGAGACCACAUUUGUGGACAUCCGGCCCGGUUCGGCGCUGGAGAGGAAGCUGUUGGCUGAGGCGCAGGACUUCCACAGCGCCCCCUACAGCAUGGAUGACGAGGACGACCUGCUUCCUGACUCUGACGACUCAUCAAUCGACGACCUCAGCGAUACGGACAGCGACGGAAACUUUCCCCUGAUGAUCCCUCAGGACUACCUGGGUCUGGCCUUUUUCUCCAUGCUCUGCUGCUUCUGGCCGCUGGGCAUCGCCGCCUUCUACCUUUCUCAAAAGACCAACAAGGCAUCAGCUCAGGGGGAUUUUCAGGGCGCCAACGCGGCGUCCCGCCAGGCCCUGUGGCUCUCCGUGCUCUCCAUUGUGUUUGGCAUCAUAACGUACAUCUGCGCCAUCGCAGCGCUGAUCUCCUACCUGUCUGCAAAGCCAUCAUAAGAGCCGCGGCUCGCACAUAGACGCAGACACACAAAGACACAAACAGUCCAUGAACAUCCACACAUCAUCGGCAAAACGACGACUCGACGAAAAGAUUUCAACCACGUCUCACUGGAAUAGGACGAAAUGCAGCCCAGAGGACAUUCCUCCACUUUCUGACUCGACUUUCUCACCGAGUUUGACAAAUUUGUGUCAUGCUUGUCAUCACAUGUGGAGCUUAAAUUAAAUUUAAAGGUGACCUGUUACGCUUCCUAGAACAAGUUAGAAUUGGGUGUCUAAAACUGGCAAAUUUAAAUUGCAAAAAUGAAUUACAUUUAAAAUGCAAAAAAUUAUUUAGUAUGAUUAUUCUUUUUCUUUAGUUUAACUGGUUAAUAAAAAGUAUUUUUUUAAGAAAACCUUAAAAACCCAAAACAUAAAAAAGGCUACAGAUUGUUGCUUUGUUAAAAAAAAAACUGUUUACACAUUUUUGUCUUCAACAGUUGUUUUAUAUUUUCUUGGCCAAAUCUUUAUCGUUAUUGAAGUCUGGUCAGGGGGCCGAUCAAAAUCAUUUCAAGGGCCACAAAUGGCCCUCCAGCCACUCUUUGGACAUCCCGGGUCUAUGGGCGAUACAAAACAUAUUUAUUAAAUAUUUUAGCACAAAUUCAUUCUUAGAUGAUGGGAAUUUUUCUAAAAUACUCGUGUUGAGUGCCGUUCAGAACGAAGUGUUUUAGGGCCUCUGUCACUUUAAAUCCAAAUAAACGGUUUAUGUAGCCACGCCCACUAAACUCAACGUUUACGCUCACACCUAACAAUGGCUGAAAACAGAUUCACAAUUACACAACCAUCUUUAAACUUCAUGCAAACGUAUGUUAUGAAUGGUAAACCAAUAGAAAAACACUUUUGGAGUGUGUACAGCAGUAAAGCCAUCGUUAUGCUACUUGAUUGGACAUUUCCUGUUAGCUGCUGAAGCUAGUGAGGUGAACCUUAAUAGACAUGGAGUCAUGUCCAUAAAACCAAACAGUUUCAACUGCAGGACAAGCAGGAAUCUGUCAGAAAAAUACUUGUAUCUAUCGCUCCUGUUUCUUAUCCAAUUUCUAUGAAAUACGGCUUAAAUUAAAGCUGAGACGGUUGCUGGUGUAUAAACUGACCCUGGGUAGAAAUCUGGAAACACUUUGGUUUUUGUCAAGACACAAGAGUGUAUUAAGCAAGUUUCUCUUUUGUAAUGGUCAAUAAUGUAGUUUUACAUUAUUACCGCUGUAUGAUUUUAACAAACUUCGGCUCCGAUGCUUUAUGAACUGUCAUUCUGUUUGGUUAUUAUGAAUGUCGUCACAUUCUACGAACGAACGGGGAAAUAAGUCCAGUUUUUAUUGAGGUUUUGGAAAUCACGGUGGUAAACUCAGUUAACCUGCUGCAGUUACGUUGGCCUUGGUAGGUAACGACACAGUUUCCUUUCAUUGUGACUUAAAAAUCUGUAAGUUAUUGAAACGGCUAAUUUUCCAGACACCAGAAAGCAUCAACUUGUUGUCAGACGACACAAUAAGGUGAUUUUGUUUGUUUGUUUGUUUUUUAAGCACUUUGGCUGUUUUUUUUUUUAGAAGCAUUUGAAACCCAAAUUUUUGCAUAAUGGGUCCCCUUUAAAUACAUGCAGAAUUUUCCACAAUGUGAAUGGAUGACAAAAGACGCAGGAAGAGUCAAAGUUUGCAGAUUUAUCUUGGAGGCGACUCCUGCUGGACUUUUCAUAUCCAGCGCCUGCCAGAAGCAAAGUUUCUUCCUCAACAUCUCCUCGUGAUUUCAUCUUGUUUACCUGCAGAAAGGACUGCCUUUUGCUGUGUUUUAAAGCCAAGUUUUAUCUUUAUGAUGAUAACAAUAGAGUGCCAUUAUAUAUGAAACGAAAUGAAAUCAAGAUAUGAAGUGUGGAUAUUUUAAAACACAUCUGGAAGUAGGAGUGAAGAAAAGUGCCAAAAAUAUCAAAGUGACCCAACUGUGAAGAAAAUCUCCCUAAAAUGUAAAUUCACAUAUAUUUUUUUCCUGUUAAAAAAGAAUUAAAAUACACAGGGAAAUGGUUUUGUCAGGCCGAAACCAUAAAAACAAAGCAGUGCACCUGUUUAAAUGUAAAAAUAAUAGUGAUAAGGUAAGAAAAAAGCUGGAAAAGCUAAUGUGACGAGUCAUUAUCUGCAUGGCACUUUUGUGUUUUACCAACAUGUCCAUAGCUUUAUCCGUUUUGUUAUUGGGUCCAAAGUUCUUAAAAGAAAAACUUUGAUAAACCCUAAAAGAAAUUCUGACCAUAUUGGUUUAAGCAUAGUCAUUUAAAGAAAAUACCCAGUAAAAUAAAGGAACCAUUUCACAUCACAUUUCUGCAAUAGGAUGGUACCAGUGAAGUUUGGUUCGUAACAAAAUACAGAAAUUACAUCUGAAAAUUUAUGAGAAUCAGAGAAACGGAUCAAAUCAAAACCUUCCCACGUAUUUUUGUCUAGUUUUCAGUGUUGGACGUCGUGUUUGCAAACGCAAGCUAGCAAAGUAAAUGUUUUCUGCCACAGGAUUGAAAAAAGAGCCAAAAACCAGAGACAACAGUUUUAAAAACAUUUAAAAUGUGUUUCUUUGAAACAACUAGCUUAGCAUUAAUGUCUUCAGUCAGAGACUGAAUGAAGCUGGUGUGAUACAGACCACUACAGGAGAUCCUUCUUGCCCACAGAAAUCAACAGCAACGCUUUGAAGAAACUUGUAUAAUUUCAGCUACAACUUUUAAUUUACCUUUGAGGUUACUAAUGUAUUUGUAAAACUGAACUGAAGUCAAUAUACCAGCUUGUUUAGAACAACUGGCGUCACAGACUCAUCAACCUUGAAAUAAUGAGAAAAACUGAAUUAAAAUAACCUAAAUGAAGCUCUGAAAUUAAUCUGUUAAUUUAAACUGGUUUAACGUGAUGCUGCAAAAAAAAAUUGACUUUCUCAGGGCUGUUAAUUAGGUUUGUUAAUAUUUUUGUGAUUAGUAUUUUUGCUUUGUAAUAUUUACAUCUGCUUCCCAACUGCUGUUUUAUACAAAAGACGUAUCUGGAUCAUUAUAGAUAGUAGUAAAAACAGUAAUAAAUUACUGACAAGAAACUCAAAUUCUCUUGGAAAAAAACCCCAAGAAAAUGUAUGUUUGAAAAAUUUUAAUUUUGCUUGUACAAAAACUGAAAUUUCUGAGUUUGAAAAGUUGCAAAUUUGCUUAAAAAAAAAAAAUUCACAAAUUUUCUUGAACAAUGAAAUUUCUGAUUUUGAAAAUUGCCUAGAAAAAACUAAUGAAAAAUAAACUCAGAAAUUUUCUUUGAAAUUUUCAGUUUCAAAUUUUCUAGAAAAAAAAUCACAUUCACAAAUUUUCUAGAAAGAAAUAUGGAGAUUUCUGAGUUUGAAAAAGUUGCAAAUUUGCUAGAAGAAAUUUCACAAAUUUUCUAGGAUUCUGAGUUGAAAAAGUUAAAAUUUUGCUAGAAAUAACUUGUACAUUUUGAGAAUAAUUUAAAAUUUUCUGGAAAAGAAAAGACAUCAAAUUCUGAGUUUGAAAAGUUGCAAAUUUGCUAAAAUCAAAAUCACAUUUACAAAUUUUCUAUAAAAACUUAAAAAUUUCUGAUUUUGAAAAAUCUAAAAUUUGCUUUGAAAAAGCUCAUAUUUUGAGAAUAAUCUCCAAAAUGUUCUAGAAAAAAAACUUUAAAAUUUCAUGAGUUUGAAAAGUCUAAAAUUUGUGAGAAAUUUACAAAUUUUUGAGAUAAACUUGAAAAUUUCAGAGUUUCUAACUAAAAAAAAUUGUCUUGUAAAACUCCAAAUAUUUUCCAAGUUUUCUCAAAAUUUUCUGAGAUUAAUCUCAACAUCUCUGAAUUCUCUGGUGAAAAUUUACUCCUUUUAUUUUCAAUGGCCCUGAUACUCUUAUGCUUUUUAAAUGGUUCUGAUCAUUUUCUCACUGAUGUUACUGACGGGUACCGGAAAGUAAAAUCCUUUAUCAAAUGCUUAAAUCACUGGUACCAAAUUGUUGCAGAACUGUGUGGAGUGCUACCAAAAUGUACAAAAUAAUAAAUAACAAAAAAGACUGACGGAAAAGCCAAGAUUUUCUAUUUUGCUGUACAGUUUUUAUAGAGUCCACAGCUGACCUAAAAGCAUCAAAACACUCCUUUUCUGUUGUUUUAGAGUUUAUUAGGACUGUUAAUGUCACCACACUGUGAGUCUUACCCUCAGUUCCACUGACGUUCUGCACACAGCAUCACACUCCAACUGACCCAACUCACCGUUUGUCUCCUCACAACAUCUACAUCUACUCAAAAACUAAAACCGACCAACCCUUCGAUGUUUCUGUCUUACAACAAAGACAUAAACGUGCAUCGUUUUGCCGGAGCAGCUGCCUCAGGCUCAGGGUUUCACUCAUCUUGUGUCACUUCUUCUAAUAAUUAUAAAAAGAGUGAAAGGGAGUCGAUAAAUUAAUAUUUUUUGUUGCUUUUUUUCCUUUUUCUGCUGUUUGCAAAGCCCACUGUCACCACCAGGGGGAGCCCGAGGCUCACACUGGAGCCAUGAAAUAAUUACAUAUAUUUUCAAAUAAAAGUUCUUUAAAUGACUUUUCAUUAUUUGAAAUUGCGUUUUUGAUUAUUUCAUGGAAAUUUACUUAAUUUAACGGUACAUUUAAUAAUUUAUUGAUAGAUUUAAGAAUUUUAUGACGCAUUUAAUUCAUUAACCGAAGAUUUGCAAGGUAUAUUUCUAUAAUUUUGUGAACCCCUGCUGCUCUGUACGUUCUCAUCUUCUGAUUGUCUGGUUUUUCAGAUUUUGAUUUUACGCUUUACUUAAGCCUGAAUAUGUUGAGGGUGGUGGACAGUGGGCUAACCUUUCAAACUGUGCUUGCAGGCCUCAGAAAUCCUUGAACCGACUCUGCUUCCAUGUGUGAAAUAACUGUGAAUAUUUAAGUGGAACAUCAGUGAAUAAAUGCACAUAACUAA